AUGGCCUACAAGAACAACAAACAGGGAACUCAAAGCGAUGCAAUAAAUUGGUGUACAACACAGUUUGGCCCAACAGCCACAUUGGCCAAAGUUGACAGUGCCACAGACAGUGCAUCACUGGAUGCUCUUGUAGACACAUUUGGUUGGGUUAGUGACAAUGUCUGGAUCGGUGCGCAGCGUGUUGGCAGCAGUAGCAGCAACAUACUCAGCGUUCAGCAGUCAAUUGAAAGUAACUGGGGUGCAUGGCAUUGGUGUAACGACGGAACUCCCAUCACUUGGAAAGUUCCUUGGGGAUCUACAAUCGACCAGGGUUGUGUUCAAGUGGAUGCAAGCACCAUGGAUUGGCUGAACGUGGACUGUACUGCACCAACUACUGCCGUAGCUUGUAUGAUAGUUCAUGAAUCAACAACCGUACCAACAACCAGAAUGACAACCGAACAAACAACCGUACCAACAACCGGAAUGACAACCGAACAAACAACCGUACCAACAACCAGAAUGACAACCGAACAAACAACCGUACCAACAACCAGAAUGACAACCGAACAAACAACCGUACCAACAACCGGAAUGACAACCGAACAAACAACCGUACCAACAACCGGAAUGACAACCGAACAAACAACCGUACCAACAACCAGAAUGACAACCGAACAAACAACCGUACCAACAACCGGAAUGACAACCGAACAAACAACCGUACCAACAACCAGAAUGACAACCGAACAAACAACCGUACCAACAACCGGAAUGACAACCGAACAAACAACCGUACCAACAACCGGAAUGACAACCGAACAAACAACCGUACCAACAACCAGAAUGACAACCGAACAAACAACCGUACCAACAACCAGAAUGACAACCGAACAAACAACCGUACCAACAACCGGAAUGACAACCGAACAAACAACCGUACCAACAACCAGAAUGACAACCGAACAAACAACCGUACCAACAACCGGAAUGACAACCGAACAAACAACCGUACCAACAACCAGAAUGACAACCGAACAAACAGCCAUACCAACAACCGGAAUGACAACCGAACAAACAACCGUACACACAACUGUACCAACAACCGAACAAACAACCGAACCAACUACCGAACAAACAACUGAACAAUCAACCACACCUUGCGUCACACCACAGUUAGGAACAAUGGGAUUUGUUUUAAAGGCCGAUGAAAAAGAAGUGAAUAAUCUUUCAAAUGUCAUUGGUGGAGAAUUCAACACGAGGUCCAAAUUAGAGUGUGCAAUGAAAUGUUCUGAAGUCACCAAUUGUAUCUGCCGAGCCUUUUUGUUCAACAAAACUGACAAGAAGUGCAUUUUACUGGAAGCGAGAAUUCCAUUGAACAGCUUUGUCAGUGUGGAGAAUGGAUUGUCCUAUUAUGAAUUUUGAAAUUUCGCAAUUUGACGUUGUUUAGACAUAGAAGCAUUUACUAUACUGUAUAUAGGAUUAAGUUAAUUUGACGACAGUUUUGUUUUAGUAAACGUUUCAUACCGUGGGCACUACCAUACCAAAUAUAGUCGUGCCCAUAAAAAGAAGCAAAACAAAAAAAUAGAGCAUAGCCUACAUCCACCAAACAUGCACGUCACAUAACGUCAGUUUUUAAUUCCAAAUAUAAGCACACGAGUAUAGCACUUCAUGCCUAGAGGUUAAGGGCUAGGAAAGUUGUGGCG